AUGCUGUGCAGCGGCGGCCGGGGGCCGGGGCCGUGGCGGUGGCCGGCGGCGCUGCGGCGGCUGUCGCGGCUGGCGCCGCCGACGCCCGCGCCCGCCGACCCUGUCGUGGUCCGGGUGGACAGCAGCAACGUCGCGCGCCUGGGAGCGCCCAAGCCCGGGCCGAGGCCGCGGCAGCUGCUCUCGCUGCCGCCGUUCCCCGCGGGGGCGGACCCUCUCCCGGGGAGGAAGGUGGUGCCGCGGCGUGUGACGGCGGUCAGCUGGGUGAAGCACUAUUUCGCCGACGUGCCGCAGGAGGCUGUGCAGGCGCACUUCAACAGGAGAAUGGUUUUUUCAGAGUGUUCUGAGCAUGAAUUUUCAGCUGAAAGCAUUCGAACUCAGAAGCAUCAUCUGAAAAAGAUUAAACACAAUGAUGUUAUGGAGCCUGGAAUGAGAAUUCACCUUCCUGUUUCAGUGGCUGAGGGUGAGAUAAAAAAGCGUUAUGAGACUAUUCCGACUGCCACAUUGCACCCCAAUAAAGAUGAGAUCGAGUACCUGAGGAGGCUUGUCAUCCACAGGGACUCUUCUAUACUGGUGCUUAACAAGCCCCCCAAAGUGCCCAUGAAAGGCCAUUUGCCAGUACAUAAUAGCAUGGAUGUGCUAGCAGCAGCAGCACUGUCAUACGGAAACAAGGAGGGUCCGAAAUUGGUUCAUCGACUAGACAGAGAAAGUAGCGGUUUGAUUUUGAUGGGUAGAACAAAAGAAAGCUUUACUCAACUGCACUGGCUUUUCACAAGCGUAAAUUUAGCUAGAACAACUUCACAGACAUGGAAUAAGGCAUGUGAAGCAUACGUGCAGAAGUACUGGGCGCUAGUAAUUGGGACUCCUAAAGAAAGGGAAGGAGUUAUAUCUGCUCCUAUUUCAAAGGUCCUUCUAGAUGACGGUAAAGCUGAGAGGGUCAUUCUGGCACAUCCUUCUGGCAUAGAUGGUGCACAAGAGGCCAUAACAGAGUAUCGGGUGAUGGGACCAACCAUUAACGGGUGCUCAUGGAUUGAGCUACGCCCAUUGACAGGGCGGAAGCACCAGCUUCGAGUGCAUUGUGCUGAAGCUCUGGGCACUCCCAUCGUUGGAGAUUACAAAUACGGGUGGUUUGUGCACCAAAGGUGGAAGCAGAAUCCUCAGCCUGACUUUGAACCGUUCACUGGAGAACCAUACAAGAUAAGGCGGCCAGAAGGAUUGGAGGUUCAGAAGGGCAGUGUUCUAUCUAAAGUCCCUUUGCUACACCUGCAUUGCAGGGAGAUGGUCCUCCCCAACAUAGCAAAGUUCCUGAGCAGCAUCGGAGAAUGGCAUGACGGUGGCGCCGCAUGGGCCAAGGAGAAGCCCAACCUCCUAAGAUUCAUCGCACCAAUGCCUCCGCACAUGAAAAUUAGUUGGAAUGUCAUGUCGUCAUAUCUGGUGUGAUCUCUGCCAGUUUUUUUUUUCCAGGAAACAACCUGGUGUGAUCAACUGAUCAUGUACCUUUUGCUUUGUUUGUAACCCCUCUUGUCAAUCCCAAUUCCCAAGCCAUGUCGUAUGAGAUUGUAGUUGCUUAGAUUGUUUUAGACUCUGCGAUUGCAGUCACCAUGUCAGAAUCAAUGCACAAAACUAUUGAUGUGAAUAUGUAUCCAUAUUUUUGAGAGAGUGCAUCUCAGUCUUGGAAUUUGA